GGAGGGUCUUCUGAUCACCAGAGGCGGAACCGCACCCGCAGCCGCACCAGCAGAGCUGAAUUGACCUUCUCUGUGAGCCACCUGGAGCACCUCCUGCGGGACGGCCACUACACCCAGCGCCUCAGCGCCAAUGCACCUGUGUACCUGGCGGCCAUCAUCCAGUACCUGACGGCCACGGUCCUGGAGCUGGCGGGCAACGAGGCCCAGAAAAUCGGCUGCAGGCGCAUCACCCCGGCGGUGCUGGACAUGGCGAUCCACAACAACGCACUGCUCAGCGGCUUCUUCGAGAACACCACCAUCUCCCAAGUGGCCCCGGGCAGGCGGUAGCUUCCCAACAUGACCUGGGCUCCCCGGGCCUCGGCCCACUCACAGCCCAGGCAGCCCGGGCCUGUCUGGCGCCUUGGGCCAAGUUACUGAAAAUAAAGUGUUGA